AUGGAUGUAGUAGAAUCAUGGUAUUUGAUCAAUGAAUAUUCUAGUAAUAAAUAUACAGAUCAGUUUGUUCUUGCACCCUUUUCUCGACCAAGAGAAACGGGUCCGACAAGUAUCCUAGGUGUUAAAUUAACCAAGAUUAAUGAACAGAUAUUGAGACGCCAUGACCUGGAAUUAUUUUCACAUUUAGAAACUCUGGAAAUAACUCCUCAAAUUUAUGGCAUACGAUGGCUUCGUCUGUUGUUUGGACGAGAAUUUCCCAUGCAGGAUCUCCUACAAAUCUGGGAUUCCAUAUUUGCCGACAGUUUGUCGUUUGACUUAGUAGAUUAUGUUUUUACAACUAUGUUAAUGAGUAUAAGAGAAUUAUUGUUAACAGGAGAUUACACUACCUGUUUGAAACAUUUGAUGAAGUAUCCAUCUAUAUCAGAUGUCAAUUAUGUCAUUGAAUUAGCACUUCAUCUGAGAGAUCCUGUGAAAUAUUCUCGACCUGUUGGAAAUUCAUUAAAAGUUACAACUGCACUUUCUGGAAAUCGCAACAGUUUACACAAUACACUUCCAAAAAGUUACAGUUCCAAAAAUUCCAACAAACAUGGUGGAAGUUCCUUCUCUUCCAUCAUUCGUCGAAGUGGUGGAAGACCAAAAACCCUGGCACUACCAAUAGGUACAGAGAAAGCCAUUCAAGGAAAGUCUUCUAGUGAGCCUGCCACAUUAGAAUCAACUUCACCUAGUUCUGAUAGCGAAGUUUCGGGUGUUUCAACUGUCGACAAAAAUAGAGAAAAAUAUCAAAAACAUUUUAGACAGACCAGUGAUAGCAUAAUGCAUUCCUCACGUCAUUCUGGAAGCAACACUUCCUACACUCUUCCUAGGAAAUACAAAAUAGGAAAGGAGCAACCUAAUUUAAGUCAGAGUUUGACUCACUUGGAUAAAGACAAAAAUUAUAAUUCAGAAAAUUCCACGAAAGAGAUGGUGACAUUAUCGACUCAACAUUCCAAUCAUUACGGCAUGUAUAGGCAAAGCAGUAAAGAAAGAGACGAAAUGAAGCAACUGAAAAUGGAACUGUCUGAACUGAAAUCCAUGAGCCAGUAUUGUUGUCAUAGAAUGACCCAACAUUUAGAUAGACUUCAGUUCUGUAUGAUCCAUCAAGAGCUUCAACACGAAGAUGAGAUGUUGCUAGCUCUAGCAGGAUUAAAACGGGUUAGAGAUAUCUUGAAGGGUACGGUGAAUUUUACAGAAGAAGUAGGCGACGACGAAUAUCUGCACGACACAAAUCCAGAUAAACUAAAAUCAAGUCAGAUUGGAAUGGUGAAGAAAAGUGAUGUCGAAGGUUCUACUCUUCCUCAAGUAAAUAAAGAAGGCAACAAGCAAAAUGGAGAAAAAAAAUGUGACGAUCAAGACAGAUCGGUGAACGGAGAAGAUCGGCGGAACGAGAAAGAAGACCUGAUCGCAACAACCAGAAGAGAAUUUCAGAAACUCUUGAACUCUUCGAAAUCAUACAUUAAUGAUAACACAAACAGGAAGUAGUAGUAUAGAUAUUUAUUAUUAUUAAGGAAAUAUUAUUGUACAAAGGGCUAACAAGUUUUAAGGGCAACUUAGCAACAAGUUAUUGUAUAAAAUGUGUAGAAUUACACCUUGUAAACAUUCCAUUUAUUUAAUUUGUAAAUUAUUUUGAAUUUUUGUAUAUAUAUAUACAUACAUAUAGGCAAAUAUAUAUACAUUCAAAUCUUACAUAAUUGAAAAAAUUGAUGAUAGUGUAAAUAAUUUUUUUCCCUCACAAAAGACAGAUCAUAACUUUUUCAACAAAAUGUUGCUAUAUUUAAAUAGGAAAAAAA